AUGAGUGACGAUCAAAAACGACAACUUCGUCCGACUCCUGAAAGAUACCCAUCCCAUGCGAAUAAUAGUGAUGAGGAUGAUAAUAAUGAUGGCGGUAGUAAUAGUAGUACUAGUAGUAGUCAAAAGAAGAGUAACGUUGAAGAUUAUGUAUCCUUUCCAACUAUCCCCGACCCAGAACUCAGCAAUACUAAAUCAAUUUCAGGGUUAUUGUCAAAAACACUACGAAAAGUAACAGCAAAUGCAUCAAAUCUUGUGCUGAAUUAUUCUCAGGGGAUAACGUCCCCUAAAGGAAAUAUUAUUGAUUCAUCUCCAUUUGGUAACAAGAAUAAUGAUUAUAGAACCAUUAACACCGAUCCAUCGGCAAUUACACCUAAGAAUGAUGCCAUCGAUGAAACACCAAUAAACACGGAUGUUCCACUUCGUAAUGAAACUGUUCCAAAGAAAUUGGACGAUGACUUUUCAAGAACAACUAGUCCAUUGGAUAUCAAACCAGACAAGGCGCCAUCAGUAUAUCCAAAAAUCACACCUGGUAGUGUUAAAAAGGACAGUAAUGUGUCACCUAUUGAGAGACUGUCAAUUGUCACCAAUGAGACCACAGAGCCAAAGUUACAGCCCCCUCAACCUCAACCUCAAGUACAAGCACAAUCUCAAUCUCAACCUCAACCUCAACCCCAAGUUGUUCUGCAUCCAAAGGGCACAACACUACCGCAAGUACCCAGUCAACAAAUACAGCAACCACAAUCAGAAUCACAAUCACAAUCGCAGUCGCAACAACAACAACAACAAUCAAGUCAACCAAGUCAGCAUGUUGCACAUCCCGCACCUCCAUGUCCACCAAUUUCUGGACAAUUGCAACCUCCUUCUGGUGCAAUCCGUCAAGUGUUAUCCGAACGUACCAUGGCUCCACCAAGAGUUACAUCCGAUAAUAAAACUCUUCGGAUAUCAACUAUGCAGCUCCCUCGUCUACAGUCAGUCAAUAAUAGUACAACAAGUUCUGUUGUUAAUGUCAAUGUACUGGCAUCUGUAGAUGUUGAGUCGUUAGAAAGUGAUAGGACAAGCAAUUACAAUGGUAGAAUAAAUCAAAAGGGAACAAAUACAAAUGCCAAAAAUUAUGAUAGAUCACUACUGAAUAAAAUAUCAUCAAUAUUUAACAAUUUACCAAACGAUAUUGAAUUAUCAGAUGAUUCGGCAUCUGAUCUGGAUACAACAAGAAAUGAUAUUGAAGAUGAUCCUGGGAAAAAUCAUGGAACCGUGGGUUAUAGAGAAAAUCCUUCAGAUGCAAGUUUGGGAUCUAUGUCAAAACUUGCAAAGCAAGUCCAGUACGAUCUAAGUUCUAGGUAUAGUGAGUCAAUUGCCAAAUCAUCGCCUGUUAAAGCUGAAAGGAAAGUGGCCACUUCUUUUAGUACAAAUCUUGGACAAUCUCCAACAGUGUCAUCUUUUCAUGCGCUCCAAAAUAAAGAUUUAAAUGCAACAAAAAAGAAAACGUCACAUUUGUCGUCUGUUUUGUUGGAUAAUGCCAGAACAAUUAUCAACCAGAACAUUGGUGCUGUAGCCUCAUCAGCAUCUUCAAUUGUUGGCGGUAGGAGGAAAAAGAAGAAACCCAAAAAGGCAUCUGAAAAUCCAUUAAAAAACGGAGGUAUCCCCAAAAAGUAUUGGAUGAAUGAUGCAUUUGUAUCUGAUUGUUUGAAUUGCUUCAGGCCUUUCACUCCAUUCAGAAGAAAACAUCAUUGUCGAUUCUGUGGACAAAUAUUCUGUUCCGAAUGUACUUUGUUUAUCUCAUACACUCAACAUAAGGAUGAAAGAAACAACAGAACAAGCUCCAACAAAGAACCUUAUAAUGAUAAACUUAGGGUUUGUAAACCAUGUUAUAGUGAUGUUAUCAUUUAUCUCAGUGAUGAUUCCUCAAGUUCAGAAUCAGAAAUGGAGAAGGAUACAUCGGUUGAAAGUGUUGAUUUAUCAAAAACUAAAGCCGAAGAUUUACUAGUUCCAAACCAUCCUUUGUCUAGAAUUAGGUCAAUGUCUAUGAGCUCGUCUCGAGAUCUUCGCCCUUCUGAUGCUAUCACCAGAAAACCACUGUUGCGUGAUAGUCGUCUUCUUGAAGGAAAUACUUCUAUUACAAGCAAUUCUAAUUCGCCAUCACGGAAUAACAAUAUUGUUAACAAUAACUACAACAAUGGUAAUAGUGCUAGUUCUGUAAAUGCCAACAGCCAAUUCCUAUAUCCAGAUGAAUCAAUUAAAGUUCAUCCUAAACAAGCACCUAAAAUGGCAAUUCCUACAACACGUACUGGAGAAUCUAUUGAGAUUCCACUCAUGAGACACUCGUUGGUUAAUUCGUCCAUUUUGCAAACUCCUGGAACUACAUAUGGAUCUUCUGUAAAUGUAGGCUCAUUGUCACCAAGUCAUCCACAAAGUCAACAUCUGCAGUCAUAUUAUGUAGCUCACCAUGGACACCGUCACCACAAUCACAAUCACCACCACCAUCAUCACCAUCAUCAUAAUCAUAAUCAUCACCAUCAUCAUACACACAAUAACACUCAGAAACAUCUGAAUAUUUCUGUCGCCGCAGCAGGAGGGGGUGUUGGUGUUGGUGCAGGAGAUGUUGUUCCCAGUAGUGGUACAGGAACAGAUUCACAAAGUUCCAGUAAAACGUGGAUUAAGAAUCACUUAUCACCGGGUUUGAAUAAUGCUAGUAUGCUUACUAGUCGUAGUUUGGACAAUUUAAGCAGUGCAUACACUAGCUUUAUGACAAGAAAUCCAUCCUUCAAAUUACGUGUGUUGUCUGGAAAUAAUAAUCGAGAUGCAUUAGGCUAUGGCAAAGAAUCGUCCCAAGAGCCUGGAGACAUGCAGAACUUUGGCAAUAAUCAUACUUUAGACCGUCAAGAACAGAAUAUUUUUGAUGAAGACGAUUAUGAUGACGAGUAUGAAGACGUAAAUGAGGUACAAGAUCUUCGUGGUAAUGUAGCUGAAGAUGAAGAAGAUGAGCAUGCUAUGUCAUUGUAUGCAUCAUUAAAUGAUUCGCAUGGAUAUGGUUCUACUCCAUUGACUCAUAAACCACCUCCAAUUCAUGCUCAUAGCGGAGUUGUUGUUCCAACUUUGGGUGAGUUCCCAAUUAUGAAAAGUGGUUUCCCGCAUCAAUUGGGUAAUAUUGGUUCAGUGGAUAUUUUCCAUCAUAAUCCAGUUGCAUUUCUAACAGAUAGUCCUUCUAAACAAGUUCCAGCUGAUAGUUUGAGAUCUAGAGCAAGAGCCCAUGCAUCACUUCAACGUAUGAGAUCUAGAAGACAAGGUAAAGCUACAAGAAAUGUUCUGAUUUUAACUCAUAAUAAUUUGAGGUUGCCAAGUUUGGAUUCACCCAGUCAUCGGGCUAAUAUAACAGGAACCUCAUUGACACCAAUAACCUCACCAUCAUCCCCUGGGCCAAGUACUUCCAAUACAAUUGCAAACCCAACCUCCAACCAUUCAAAUUUGACUACUGGAUUGGCAAACUCUGAUGCUGUGAGUACUUCUUCGGGUAAUCAAUAUUCAGAAAUGUCUCCACUUGGUCCAAGAAUCUCCACCAGUACUGCUUUGGAACAUUACAAGCCAGAUGAUUAUUUUGGUUCUCAUGAAAAUUUACUUGAACUGGAGGACCAUCAUAACUUGAUGUCUUGGAGAGAUAUUACCAUGAAUGAGAAUAAUAAUGAUAAAGAUAAAUGGUAUAAAGAUACUAUGAAUUUUAUAUUGCGUCAAUCUUUAAAAGAUUGUGAAAUUGAAGAUAAUAUAGAUCUGUGGAUGAAUGUUUUGUCCAACCUGUUGGAACAUAUUGAUGAUAUCAAAUUGACAGAUACAUUGGAUAUUAGACAAUAUGUGAAGGUUAAGAAAAUUUUAGGUGGUAAAAUUCGACAAACUGAAGUGAUUGAUGGAUUGUUUAUGACUAAGAAUAUUGAUUCAAAGAAAAUGUCAUCUAGUAUUAGGAACCCACGUAUUGCGUUGCUUAUGUUUCCGGUUGAAUAUUUGAAACAAAAGGAACAAUUUAUCAGUUUACGAAUCAUUCAUGCACAACAGUCUGUUUACAUCACCAAUUUGGUAUCUAGGUUGAUUUCUUUAGAACCAGAUAUCAUUGUCAUUGGAGAUUCAAUAUGUGGAUUGGCGGAAAAAUUAUUGGAAGAAGCUGGUGUUACAGUUAUGUCCAACGUAAAACCCCAGGUUAUUGAGCGUAUAUCGCGAUACACCAAAGCGGAUAUUUUCCAAUCAGUUAAUGAUUUAUUUUUCAAAAAGGGUAAAUUGGGAACUUGUGAAGAGUUUGCGGUCAAGAGAUUUAAAUACCAGAAUGCAAUUAAAUCAUUUGUAUUUUUCACUGGUUGUGAUAUUCAGCUGGGUUUCACUAUUUCAUUACGUGGUGGUGAUGAAGAGUUAUUGAAUGGUGUCAAAUAUGCAGCUGAAACAUUAAUGCCAGGGUAUUUGAAUGCUAGAUUUGAAAAGAGUUUUUUUGAAAACUUGCUGUUGAAUUAUAUCGAAGGCAAUAAGAAUGAAAAAAUUGUUGAAAUUCGUGACAAGUUGGAAGAAGUUAAUAAUAAUGACGAUAAUGAAGAGGUACUCAAUACUUGUGAGAUAAGUUUAGAUAGUACAGAGGUGGUUGAAUAUUUCAAAUUAUUUAAUGAGAGAAAACUUAGUUUAUCUCCUGCGGUGGAAUUUUCCUUACCAACUCCAUUGGUGAAUGUGAUUACUUCAUAUUAUUCAUUCUAUCAAUUUUUCCAAAAACAUAAUCAAAUUCAAAAGUUGGAAUCAUCUGAAGAUAUAGAUGAUUCUUGGCUAGUUGAAUUAAAUAUUAACUACAAAGUUGAUGAUCUUCCAGGUAAAGGUGAUGAAUUGUUGAGAAUGCUUAAAUGUGCCAGUGAAGGGCAUUUGAAAUUAUUGAUCAAUGAAUAUCAUAAUCGUGCACGUGUUUGGUCUAAUUGUAUGAGAUACCCUUCUUAUCAGUUGUAUCCAAUAUUUCAUAGAAAUAUCCAUGUUUUGCAUUCUACUGUAUCUAUUAAACAUGCUACACCUUGUACUGGUCCUGGUAUUGUUGUGAUUGAUUACUACACAGAGAAUGAUAAAUGUUUUGGAUUAUUUUUGGAUCAAGCUUUCCAUGAGAGUUCUAAAGUAUGUAAUGAAUGUGGGGAAACUUAUUUGGAUCAUUACAAGAGUUAUGUACAUCAAAAUGCCAAGGUUGAUUUGAUUAUGGAAAAGUAUGAUAUACAAGGUAAUACUCAAGGGAAAAAUCAAAGAGUUAUGUGGAGUUCAUGUAAAGAAUGUAAUUAUACAACACCAAUAAUUGCCAUGAGUGAUGAAACUUAUUAUUUGUCAAUUGGAAAAUUCUUUGAAUUGAGUUUUUAUGGUGAAAAUAUAGUUGGUGGAUGUGAACAUGAUUUUUUUAAAAGUUAUGUUAAAUGUUUUGGUUUUAACAAUCUUGUUAUCCGUCUUGAAUAUUCUACUAUUGAUAAUUAUGAAAUUGUUGUUCCCAAGAAGAAAUUGGAUUAUAUAACAAGUGUUGAUAUUAAACUUAAAGUGGAGGCUUAUAAGACUAUUCGGACCAAAGCUGAUGGAUUCUUUGAUUCCAUUCUGAAAAGAUUGAAUAGAGUUAAAUUGGAUACAUUUGAUAAAGCUGAAGCAGGUAUGCAAAAGAUUAAAGAAUUGAAAACUAAACUUCAAGAACAUUCUGAAAAUAUCUAUAGUAGAUUGGAAUCUAUCUAUAAAACUAUUACACCAACAAAUUACCUUAGUUUAAAUGUUAUAUUGAGAGAUUUACAAAAAUUGGGUAUUUAUUGGGAUAAUGAAUUUAAUGAUUUUGAAAAGAUGUAUUUACCAAGUGAAAAUGAUGUUACUCGAAUCACACAAUUUCAAUUGCGUAAGUUUUUAAUGGAUAAAUAUCCAGAUAAAGAAGUGGAAAUGGUGGAUAUUCCAAAAAUAGAUAAGGAGCCUACUAAUGUGGAAACUACUGUUACUCCAGAAUUGCUGAUGAUUGAUACACAUAGUAGUCAAGGAAGUGAACAAGGAGAAGUAGGAGAGAUGAAUCCUGAAGGGGAGAGCAAAACUGAAGAAGAAUUGUCUAAGCUUCCAUCUCCUCCACCACCUCCUCCUCCUGAGUUUAUACCUAAAAAACCAAGACAAGUAUCUAUAACAGAAAAGUUACCUGAAUCGAGUCCUGAAACUAAGUCAAAUACUCAAAGUACAUUAUAUGAACAAAAUUCGAAUAUUUCUGAAAGAAUAAGUAAAUGGAAUAAAACAGCAGAAGUUGGAGAUGAUGGUACUCUAAAGAAAUUAAUUCAUCGUGGAUCUGAAGGAUCUUUGAAAUCUAACAACAACAACAAUAAUAAUAAUAGUAAUACUAGUAAUGUUAUUCCUUCUCAAAAUAAAGUUAUCCAUUUGGCCAAUUUCUUUGACAAGAUGUAUUAUGAUCAAAUUUCAUUGGAAUUUUCUAGACAAAGAGAAAGAGAAAUGAAGAGGAAAUCAAAAAUUAAAGCUCAACCAGUUUUUGAUAGCAAACCAAUUGUGGAGAUUUAUGAUCAGAUUGAAGAUGUUGUUGGUGUAGAAGAUGAUAAAAAGAAACCUGUGGAAAAAGAAGAAGUGGUUAAAGAGUUACCAAAGGAAUUACCAAAAGAAAUUCAAGAUUCUAAACAGUUGGAUAUACCUGAAAAGCAAUCAUUAUUAAAAUCAUUGACUAAUUUCUGGGCUGAUAGAUCUGCUACAUUGUGGGAUCCAUUAUCAUAUGCUUUAGAAAGUCAUGAGCAUACAUUUGCCGAUUCUGAUGUUAUUGUUCGAGAAGAUGAACCAAGUUCAUUGGUUGCUUUUUGUCUUUCUUCAAAUGAUUAUAAACAAAAGAUUAAAAUUGUAUUUGAAAAGAUUGACAGUUGUCAAUCAGAGCAACAAAGGAAUGAUGAUGAGCAACAUCAGCAUCAACAACAACAAGAAGACGAACAAGAAUCACAAGAGAAUCAACAAGAGCAACAACCACAACGAGAAGAACAAGAAGAACAACAAGUGCAACAGCAACAGCAACAGCAACCACAAAAUGAAGAAGAGUCCCCGGUAGUUGAAAAUAAAGCGUCGAAUCAAUACAAUGAAAAAAGAAAUGCAGUUGGCAGUGAUAAUAAGAAAAAAAUGGAACAAUUUGAAAAGAUUGAAAGGAAAUUUAAAAAGAAUUUUAAUACAGAAGGAGCCAAAGUUAGUCCUUUGGAACAAAUUCUAACCAAGAGUAAAUCCAAUCAUUUGAAGUAUCAAUUUAUUGAUGGUAACACAAAUUUGUCAUGUAAGAUUUUCUAUAGUGAACAAUUUGAAGCAUUAAGAAAAGCAUGUGGAGUUGAUGAAAGUUUUAUACAAAGUUUAAGUCGAUGUGUUAAAUGGCAAUCAAGUGGAGGUAAAAGUGGAUCAAGUUUCUUGAAGACUUUAGAUAAUCGAUAUAUUUUAAAGGAAUUAUCGAAACAAGAAUUGGAAUCAUUUGUAUCUAUUGCACCAUUUUAUUUCAAAUAUAUUGGACAAUCUAUCUUUAGUGGACUUAAAACAGCUAUUGGUAAAAUAUGGGGGAUUUAUACUACACAAGUUACCACUACAGGUAAAGUUUUCAAGAUGGAUUUCUUGAUUAUGGAGAAUUUAUUUUAUAAUCUGAAGAAUAAUAAAGUGUUUGAUUUGAAAGGAUCAACAAGAAAUCGUUAUACUAAUGAAACUGGAGAAGUGUUGUUGGAUGAGAAUAUGAUUGAAUAUAUUUAUGAAUCGCCAGUGUUUGUUAGUCAAGUGCUGAAACAAUUAUUACGUGGUUGUUUGUUUAAUGAUACAUUAUUUUUGAAAUCCAUGGAAGUUAUGGAUUAUUCAUUGGUUGUUGGAUUUAACGAUGAAAGUAAAGAAAUGAUUGUUGGUAUUAUCGAUUGGUUAAGAACGUUUACAUGGGAUAAACGAGUUGAAAAUUGGGUCAAAGGUAUUGGAAGUAAAAGAGAUCCUACUAUUGUUACACCUAAACAAUAUCGUAAUAGGUUUAGAGCAGCCAUGGAACGUUAUAUUCUUGAAGUUCCAGAUUGUUGGUAUCACCAAUAA